UCGGAGUCCUUGGCGGUUCCUGAGACCAUCUCCCCCCCGCGUCUCCCCCCUUACGCUUCUCUCCCUCCCUCCUCCUGUCGUGCGUGGGAGCGCGUGCGUCCCCAACCAGGGCUCUCUUUCCUUUCGUUUCCUCCUCCUCCUCCUCCUCCUCGUCUCUAAAGCGUUUGUUGUUGCAAUCUCCAUAGCCAUCUCGGUACCCUCGCUGCUGUUUUUGCGUCUUACACUUUGUAGUUCGACUCGAGUCAUUUGCUUGUCAGCGGGCAUUUCUCUGGCCGCGCAGUUGUGUGUCAUCGCUCCCCCCCCCCCGUGCCCAGAAAUCUACCCUUGACUCCCCCCCUUCUUCUUCGCUGUUUCGUUUCAUUUCGAUGCCUUCCUUGUGAAAGCCGCUAGAGCGAACCACCGCGGAUGCGGGAUGCGCAAGAAGGAAUGCCCGCACGUUUUGGCAUCCGCACCUCCUGGUUCGCGCGGCGUCUCGAAGCCGCUCAUCGUCGACAGCACAUGGCGAGGGUGCUUAGCCGUGUGAUGUAAUCGGAGGCUUAUGAAAGAAGGAGACGCACGGAACGAAGGCUUUUGAAAGAUACCCUGCAGUUGUGACACAGCUUACGAAAGAGACCCCCCGCAGGUGGAGGAGGGGGGUAGGAGGCGCAACUCAGAUGCUGUGUGGCGGUCUCUCUCUCUCCCUAUCUCUUUGUGUUUGUCUCGCGAGAGGAGGGGAUAUUGGUUCCCCCGCUGUGGCCACUGUGUUCCUCGUCUCCCCACUACUGCCCUCCCUCCGUCCCUCCUCCUUCCCCGUCCGGUCGGCCAUCCUCCUUCCCCGUCCGGUCGGCCAUUCUUCCUUCCCCGUCCGGUCGGCCAUCCUUCCUUCGGUCCUCGUCCUUCCUCGCGACCAAUGAAAGCGCGAGUAGCGCAGAAUGGUGUGAUCGAGUUCUGCGAGAAAGGAGCGCCAUGGUACAGGGCAUACAACCAAUGCAGUUUUGAGGCGGGAAAGGGAAGAAAAGGCGGCGUGUGCACGGCGCUUACAAUAAUUUAAAUAAGUGAGACUGGCGUGGUUAUCCUUUUUUCGAACGAUGAGGCUGAUAGUAGAAAGUGGCAUGGGAGAAAAUUGUCUCCCCUUUUUUUUUCUUUCUUCUGCUCCGCUCUCCUUGCUGUUCUGUCCGCUUGCCGUCUUUCGCCGCCCGGCAAUGAGAGGAUGUUGAGGCUUUUAGGUAGCUGUAGGUGAUGUCCCCUCGCUCCACAACUAUCUGGGAUCGAGGGCAGACUUCUGAUCUUCCUCAGCGCCGCCCUCCACCUUCCCCUGGUGCUCAUUAUCCGUGCGAGCGAGGGGCGUUAGGAGGGAGCUGUGGGGACCUAAAGAUUCACUACUGUUGGGAUGUAAUGUGUCGCCUUCGUGGUGGCUUGGGCGGCGGUAGUUCUGUCAGGAUGGGGGGCUCUCACAAGAGUGACCUAAAGCUUCAAGCGAAGAACCAAAAGAUUUUGUCAGAACUGCUUAGGCUGCCUGCUAAUGAAGGCUGCGCCGAAUGCGGGGCUCUGUUUCCGCGUUAUGCAUCUGUCACUUUUGGGGUGUUUCUCUGUGACCGCUGCUUCGGGAUUCAUAGAAGCAUAGGCGCGCACAUAAGUAGAACAAAGAGCGUGUCGCUGGACGCAUGGAGCGCUGAAGAAGUCGCUCUCAUGAAAGAGAUCGGAAAUCAGAGAGCCAGAACGUUUUGGGAGAAUAAUGUACCAACAUCGCGAACGAGACCAAGUGAGGACUCCCCAGAUUCUGUAGUCGAGGCAUGGGUCCGUGACAAGUACGAGAGAAGACAAUUUUGCCCUCGGAUGCAAACUGCAAAGCAGUUGAAGUCCAGUUCUCCCAAUGGUGAUACCGGACCGUCUAAUCCACGUCCGUUGCUGUCGUCCUUGGCCCUGCCAACGCUGUCAUCCCUGUCAUCUUCGCUGCCACUGUCGGUGGAGAAGAGCUCGGGCAAAGAGACGUCUAAUCUUGUCGCAUGGGCAUCUGGUGCGGAUGGGAGUUCGGCACCCAAUGGUGGAACACAGAAAGCUGAAUCGCAGUCGACAAGGUCUUCCCAAUCGAGCAGGUCUGAGAAAUCGAAGCACCGCUCUUCUUCAAGUGGUGAUGGUAGCAGGAGCUCUAGCUCUCGAAGAGAGGACUCUUCCCUACCACGCACCUCAUCGGUACCGUCGAAGCAGUCUAGAAAGAAAGGGGGAUCUUCAACACGAUCUUCUUCAGCUGAUGGCUCUUCUGGAGGGUCGAAGGGCACCAGCGCAAGUGAGCCGUUGGAUUCGAACUGGGACCCUUUUGGAAAGGAUGCUGAUCUACUAACAGGAGGCAGUAUUAGUUCUCAAGAUCAUAUCGUCCGUAGCCGGUCUGCUGACCUGCUCCUUGUCGACAAUAAGACUGCGGCGGACAACAAAGGCACAUCUGGCACGGCUGCUGAUUGGUUUUGGUCAGCACCCGACCAACAGAGGUCCCAGCAGAGGGCGAAUGGAGCUUCGUCUGGUGCGGGCGCUGUCAUGGAGCUGGAACUCCUUCCACAGCAGAGGCUUAGUGACAGAGGUGGAGGUGUAAUGGUAAAUGGUGGCAUGAAUGGGUUUGAGCAAGCAUUAGCAUUGACGAACGGAACGGCAACAAAAACCCGAGCGACAAAUAAUCCGUUUGCGGAGCCAGAUUUGACGAGUCAAGGCACAGGAGGCAGUGGUGCUCCAGACCGAGCGGGGGUGAAUGGCGAGCAGUGGGAUGCGUUCUCGUUCCCUACGGUUUCCACGGGAGGUAAUACGACUGUUAGUCCGCCUGAAAAUCCGGCCAUGUUUGGCUGGCCGCCACUUCAGGGAGGCAUGAAUGGUGGCGGAGCGAUGGACCCGGCGACCUUCCAAGCGGGAGGCAUGAUGCUCGGGCCUCAGUCGAGGUCUGCUUCGGCGCCGAAUAUGGGUGCGCUAGAUCUGCAGGCCAAUCAUGGCGCUGUUGCGGGGAUGGGGCUGACCCCAGUCUGGAGCCAGCCGGACAUGACGAGUCAGAUGAUGAUGACCAAUGGUUUUGUGCAGCCUGCUGCCAACGGCAUGGGUGGAUUGGGAGCGAACUUGGGAAGACCCCGGGAGAUGGUGAAUGGGAGUAUAAGCAUGAUGGAUGGCUUCCACCAGCAGCCACAGAUCCAGCAGCACCCAGGUGUAUGGCUUGGGGACGGAGUGGCAAAUCAGGGCGUCUCUGUCAGGACCAGGAAUCAACAACAAUCGGAUCCGUUCGCGAGUCUGAUGUCAGGAUUUGGGAACAUGCGGUUAAGUAAGGGAGAGUCCGCGGUGACUAGUGCAGGUGGGAAAUAGGCAUGAGCAAAUAAACACAGAGAUGAACUGCACAAGAUGGUUCAUCGAAGGUGGUGGCCUCUGUCCGUUAGAGACAUUGGUAUUGGUGAAUUGCAAAAGUGUGUGUGUGUGUGUGUGUGUGUGUGUGUGUGUGUGUGUGUGUGUGUGUGUGUGUGUGUGUGUGUGUGUGUGGUUGCCUGUGUGUGUGUGCAUGUGUGUGUGUGUGUGUGUGUUGGGUUGUUAGGCUAGUACAAAUAAGGCGGCGUCGUACACGGUCUGUCUUGUUGCUAUUCUUAUGGCUGGUUAGUUAUCUUUCCUGUUCGCGCUUACUUCCUUUAUUCAUAUGCUUCCUCUUUUUCUUAAUCCUGAUCUUGAUCUGCCUACUUAUGGUCUGUCUACGGAGUUUCAGUUGCUUUUGCUGCUUUUUCACAUUUUGCAUUCUUUCAACCCGUUCCAUUCCGUUCUAUGUUGUGGGUGGGUUUUCGAUUCUCGAUUCGUUGUCCUAAAACCUGUCUCUCAUUCGCUGUCUGCAGGCUGCAUAACCCAUAUCUUGUUUAGCUGCCACCAUGUAUACAUUAGAUCUGCCGCUGCGCACCAUCACUUCGAUUGCGGCUGCCAAAAGGAAGCAGCAACACUGUUGCCAUUCGUCAUCUUCGCCCACCCUACUCUCCUCUUGGUCGCCUUUCUGGCCGGAGGAGGUCGGUUUCACUUCUCCGCCUUCUAAAAUCUCUGCUCUGUUCUGAUCUAAUCUCUGCCACAGUGCCGCACACACAUGUGGUUCACAGAAAAAAAAACGCCUCUGCUCCGCUGCAAAUCCACGAGCACGUUGUCCAUACUCUUCUUAGUCGCCUUUCUGGCCUCGCAGUCAGUUUAUCCGUCGUCUCUGAUAAGGUCCCCUUCUGUCGCUAAUAAAGCCUUUUUUUGUAAUAAAGAAAGAGGAUGGCAGUCCCUGUUGUGGGAGAUGACAUCUGGGUAUUGCAUGGUUGGAUUUCCAUGCUUUUGCUGCGGCCCUGGCGAUUCUUGCGCUUGAAGAUAGCGUCCUCUGGACAUGUCGCAAUAUUGUGAAUCCUCGAUCCCUACUCUAUUAGGGUAAAUACAUAAUAAGGGGACCUCGGAUUCGCUGUGAUAGAGGAAACAUCAUUGCUGCGGGUUGUUUCAGCUGCGAAUCUGAUGAUCUGGUUCUUAAUCCAUGGGUGGCCGUGGAUGCCAUUGACUAAGUACUGGUAGGGAUGUAGGGGUAAGCGGUUUAUAUUCCUUCCCCCCCCUCCGUCUCCCCCNCCCCCCCCCCCCCCCCCCCCCCCGCCCGAGGAGCCUGAGAAAUCAACCAACCACCUUUGCACGACAGUCUCUCUUGUCUAUAUACCCUCUGGAAUUUGACCCCUAUGUUGACGGGUUCGAGCUUUUUCUUAUCUUUUUUCCUUUUUAGGUUGAAGUCUGCGCUUUGUGUUUCCUAUGUUGGAAACACUUGCCGUGGUCAUUUUCUUCAAAAUAGUCCUGUGCGAGUUCCCGAACGGACCUCUAGUAGUUAAAAGUUUGAACAGAAAUCAAGACUGGCAGGAGGUGCCUCUAGCACUGGCAGGGACCUGAGAGAGUGUUUUUUUUUUUUUUUUUUUUUUUUUUUUUUUGAGAGAGAGAGAGUGUUUUCAUCGUUGUUCGUAUGGAUCUCUUGCCAUGGACCGUUCCCCCUCUGUGAUCUCGUCUCCGCGAUUCUGUCUGUCCCUACUCUGUACUCAUAUGCUUUUUUUGUUGUCCACAAUUGGUGAGUCCUGCCUGGCCGCAUCACCCGGGGUGCUGCAUGCUCUAUACCUGCCUGAACCUGGACGCACUGCAUGACUGGUUUCUGCAGUCGACUUUGACCAAGAAACUGCAGUCUUGUCGUUGCGGAAAGAUGGAAAUUGCUACUGGUACUCGGUGUUGCUCACGUUG